UUUCUGAAAAGAUGCAGAAGCAGGUUUUUGUGUGUCUCAGCAAAGCACAUGCUUUAAACACUUUUUUCCAUAUUGGAAAUAGACAAAUAUUCUGCUGAAGGUUUUUUCCCGUUUAAGGUCAAAUCUGUUCCAAUAAUAAGUAUUUUUUCCAACCGUGAAAGCAUUUACAAGUUGUACAAUUGACCAAUUCAUUGCACCACAUAGAUUCGUUAGCGCCCCCUAUAGGUGCAAUCAUUUCUCCAUUUAAGGUGGAACGGUGCAAUUUAAAUAAAAUGCGAAUGAGACAGUUUAUCCUCGUGAUGGGAGGAGUGUCAGUCUCUCAGUCAGGUGAGACAAGAGGAGGAGAGGACAGGAGCAGGGUGUCUUCUCUGCAGAAGGUUUGAUGAGACUGAACUCAGGACCAUGUUGUCGUUUGAAGAAGCGCAAGUUAAAUUAGAGUCCGCGGGUCAGAGCCAUGUCUUGCGGUUCUGGCCCGAGCUUUCGGCUGAGGAGAAGGCCGGGUUUCUGGAAGAGCUGUCUCAGCUGGAUGCAGGAGAGCUGGAGAAACACUGCCGGAGCGCCGCCGAGGCCGCGACACAAAGCUCGGGUGAUCCGGAGCGGCUGUGCGGGCGCAUGGAGCCGGUCGAGCCCGAGUUUAUCGGCGGAGUGCGGAGAAGUGAUCCGGUCUCACUGAAGGAGUGGGAGGAGGAAGGUUUUUCACAGAUAGCCCAAAACAAAGUGGCCGUGCUGCUGUUAGCUGGUGGGCAGGGAACCAGACUCGGCGUUCCGUACCCUAAAGGGAUGUAUAACGUCGGGUUACCGAGUGGCAAAACUUUGUAUCAGAUCCAAGCAGAACGGAUUCGGAAAGUGCAAUCGCUGGCAAGUGAGAAAUGCGGUUCACAGUGUACAGUUCCUUGGUAUAUAAUGACCAGCGAGUUCACCCUGGAGCCCACGCAGAACUUUUUCAAAGAUAAUGGCUAUUUCGAUCUGGACCCCGCAAAUGUGGUGAUGUUUGAGCAGAGGAUGAUCCCAGCUGUCAGCUUUGACGGGAAAAUUAUUCUGGAAAAGAAGAACAAGCUGGCCAUGGCUCCAGACGGGAACGGAGGCCUUUAUCGCGCCCUUGUAGACAACAAGGUCUUGGUGGAUAUGGAGAGAAGGGGGGUGCAGUAUCUUCAUGUCUACUGUGUUGAUAACAUUCUGGUUAAACUGGCUGAUCCGCUGUUUAUUGGCUUCUGUGUAAAGAAAGGAGCGGACUGUGGUGCCAAGGUGGUAGAGAAGGCAUAUCCAUCUGAGCCCGUGGGUGUAGUAUGCCGUGUAGAUGGUGUGUAUCAGGUAGUGGAAUACAGCGAGCUAGAGCCUGAGACAGCAGAGCAGCGCCACCCUGGGGGAGAGCUGGUGUACAAUGCUGGAAACAUCUGCAAUCACUUCUUCACCAGGGAUUUCCUAUGGGACGUGGCCCUGAAUUUCCAGGAGAUACUGAAGCAACAUGUAGCCAUCAAGAAAGUGCCUUUUGUGGAUGCUGAGGGUAAACCAGUGAAACCUACAAAACCAAAUGGAAUAAAAAUGGAGAAGUUUGUCUUUGAUGUCUUCCAGUUUUCAAAGAAAUUUGUUGCCUUUGAGGUUCUGAGAGAGGAUGAGUUCUCGCCACUGAAAAAUGCUGAUGGUGCGGCCGUCGACACUCCGACCACAGUGAGGCGCUCUCUGUUGGCUCAGCACUAUCGCUGGGCAUUACGAGCCAAGGCUCUCUUCCUAGAUGAGCAUGGCAACCCUAUCACUUCAGAAUACAGGUCGGUUCAGGACAGUGAUCCUCCAGCAGUCUGUGAAAUCUCCCCACUGGUGUCUUAUUUUGGAGAGGGCCUGGAGAAGCUGCUCAAACACCGGACUCUGAAAUCUCCUUUUCUGCUAAAUGACAAUAAUGUGAACAGUUAAACUCCUGAUUCUUCUCUGGUCUUUUUAUAUUCCAAUCAGGUUACUUUAGGAUGAGGGAACUGAAACGCAAAGCACAGCCCAAAGAAUAAAUAUAAAUGAAGGGAUAGAUAUAUAUUAUAAUAUAUAUAUUGUGUCUGUGUUUACAUGCAUUGUUACAAUCAUGACAUUUGAUAUACUUCAUAUAUCAAUGAAUUCAACAGAAGUCGGACUUAAUAAACGAUUUAUGCAUCA